AUGGCGACCAAGAUGAUGGCGGCCGCGGCUUGUUCCGGGGUGCGGGGUGUGGUGAUGGGUGUGGGGCGUCGGGUGUCGGUGUCGGGGUUGAUGGUGCGGGCCGUGGCGGCUCGGUGUCACAUGAGUGUGGGUGCGAAGCGGGGGGGUGCCGUGUUUCCCGCCGUCCCUUCGGGCGUCUCGUUUCAGCUCACGGGCAUGCAGCAGACUGACGACGACAUUAGCCUCGAGCGCAUGAAGAAGCCCACCAACCUCGUUGAUCCCGUCUCAUUUUCAUCGAUUCGGCGCUCGCAGUGCAAGGUGGCACAGCUCGGUCUCGAGCCGCCGGCCGCUGCAAUCCUCAAGGAGAUUGCUGAUAAUCGCUACAAUGCCAACAAGGAUGAGCUGCGUCUAGUGUCCAGCCGUUAUCCUUCACGCGAAAUGAACCGCCACCAUGUCCAAGAGGUGCUCAAGCUCCUCAUGCUGGAAUCCAUGGUUGACAAACAAGUGCGACAGAACCGCUCCGAUUUUUCAUUGCAAGGGAGAGGAAAAUACAAGCCAAAGCCAAAAGCCAAAGCCAGAACCAUCACGCGACAAGCAAGAAGCGCAAUCGUUCAUACCACCAGCGCCUUCAAGCACAAGGACCGGAUCUGUCGAGCUCGAGUCGUUCAAGCCGCCACCAAUUUCAAGCAUGCCCUCGACGGGAUCCGUCGAAGAUUCCCCGUCUGCAAAGUAUUCGAGAACGGCGAUCAGGAGGCAUUAAAACUUCGUAACUGA